AUGAGAGUAGGCAAGGGUUGUGAAAGGUGUCGUACUCGCCAUAUCCGAUGUGUGAUUCCUCCUGGCGCCUCAGCCUGUACCCCAUGCUCACGGCUUGACCGAGCCUGUCAUCUCGAUCCCCGCUUUCAGUUCAAGGCUGUCCACCAUGUCUAUCAGAAGAGCAAGGGAGCCCCUGCGCGAUUUGAGCUUGUCUGGGAUGAGGAACAAGUCUGGGUGGAUGUUUCUCGACCUGUGACAUUUGUACUCGAGACAAAUGAUGUAAUCACCGAAAAUGACAACAGCGGAGAGUCGGCUUUCCUAUCCCAGUAUGACCGUGAAAAUCUCCAUGAGCUUUACAUGGAGGACGUGGACAAAACUGGGGCUGGUAGAUUCGCGAUUCACGAGAAUAGGUAUCGACCAAACCCCACCAGUGGUCCACUAAGUCUACCCAGUGGGGAUGAACAAACAUUAUCAUUGAGGGAAGCCUCCCUGAUGCGUUAUUUCAUCCAGAAACUAGCACCCUGGGCCGAUAUCUGCGAUCUCCAGUCUCACUUCAGCACAGAGGUCCCAAGGAGAGCCCUACAGAGCUCGAUGGUCUUAAAAGCAAUUUUGGCCCUAUCGGCACGCCACGACGCUAUUUUGUCUGGCGCUAGUGAUUGGGAAGCCUCGGCUUAUCAUGGACAAUGCCUGGAGCUAUUGAUUGUGGCACUAGACCAAGCCGAACUGAGCUGUGAUGAAAAUAUGCUCAUUGCAGUGGUGAUUCUUCGUAUAUAUGAAGAGCUGGAGAACAACACUGACCAACAGUUUCACCUGUUAGGAUCUAAUAAGUUAGUAAACCUUGUGGCACGCUCUGCAUCAUCUGGUGGAUUAGCAGAAGCUGUGAGCUGGCAGUUUCUGCGACAGGCCAUCUAUGCAUCGAUUGUUCAGUAUCAACCCCUGCAGCUAGACAUGCAAAACUACGAACGCUCAGCAAUGUUUCAUCGUCAUGAUGAUGCUGCGUGUGCUAACGUGAUUAUAUAUCAUUGUGCACGUAUCAUUCAGGUUUGUUCCGAGGCACCCGGGAGACUUGUGGACCGAGAAGCCUGGCGCAGCAUUUCGGAAAGUGUCAAUGAAUGGAAACAAACAAAGCCCCUUACCUGGCAGCCACUGCGGUACCAGGCACCAGAUGUAUCUGCAAAUCAACCAUUUCCCGAGCUUUGGAUGAUCUCCCCUCCUGCCGUAGUCGGAAUGCAGUAUUACUACUCGGCAUGUAUUUUUCUUACCUUAUGCGACACUCCGCCACACCAUAUGAGCGAUUAUGACAUUGCUUGCUCGCGACGUAUCAAAGAGAAAUCGAUUGCCGAUAAUCUAGUGAUGGUUAUUGGUCUUUCUUUAUCCAACGAGAGUGUUGAGAACGCCUAUUUCAUGGCCUCGCAUUUACUGCACCGUUUUGGUUAUUGUUUGCGGCAUCCAGUCGAGCAGCAAGGAUCGCUAGAUUUUAUGUGUCGUGUAGAAAAGGUGCUAGGCUGGCGCACUUCCUGGAUGAGAAAGGAGCUAGAAAGCAGGUGGACAAAAUUGGCAGCAUUUGACUCGAGGGACUUUUGA